CCAAACAUCGCUGGAGAGAGCACUCCACAGAAUGUGUCAGUGCUGCAGAACAGACAGGUGACACUGGAGUGCAAGUCAGACGCCAUCCCUCCCCCAACCCUCACCUGGCUCCAGGACGGGGCUCCUCUGCAGGUGUCUCCACGUGUGCGCAUUCUCUCUGGAGGUCGUUACCUGCAGAUCAACAACGCUAACCUGCCUGACGCUGCUCAGUAUACCUGUGUGGCCAGCAAUGUGGCAGGAGAGACCAGGCGCCAGUUCAACCUCGCUGUCAACGUGGUCCCCACCAUAAAGCCAGGCCCUGAGUCGGUGUCGGUGCAUGUGAGCCAGUCAGUGCUGCUGGAGUGUGUGGUGAGUGGAGUUCCAACUCCACGCAUCACCUGGAGAAAACACGGAGCCAUCUUAGCCAAUAACAACCCGAGGUACACGUUUGGUGAGGACGGCUCGCUGCGUAUCAGCUCUGCUCAGCUGACCGAUACGGGCCGCUACCUGUGUAUGGCUACCAACCAGGCUGGCACCCAGCGCAGGAGAGUGGACCUCCAGGUGUACGUUCCCCCAUCCAUCGCUCAGACAUCCCACAAUAACAUCACAGUGACGGUGAAUGUCCAGACCACGCUCUCAUGCGAGGCCGCGGGCAUCCCCAAACCGGCCGUCUCCUGGACCCGCAACGGCCGACCCCUCCACACCAACCACAACCAGAACAUGUACAGGUUGUUGUCAUCGGGGUCGCUGGUCGUCAUAGCGCCCACAGUAGAGGACACGGGUGUUUAUGAGUGUGUGGUGACCAAUGAAGCUGGACAGGACAACAGAACCAUCACACUCACAGUACAAGUUCCGCCCUCCAUUGCUGAUGAGGCCACAGAGCUGGUGGUGAACAGACUGUCCCCGGUGGUGAUCGGCUGUACUGCGUCUGGGGUGCCCGAGCCCACUGUGCACUGGACCAAAGAUGGCCUGCGUCUGCCCAGCAGUGGACAAGGCUACACGAUCCUCCCCUCUGGUCCUCUCCAGAUCUCCUCAGCUGAGCUCGGCCACUCUGGCCGCUACUCGUGCAUCGCCAGGAACACUGCUGGCUCCGCCCACCGCCACGCCCACCUCAGUGUGCAGGAGCCUCCAGUGAUCCAGAUGCACCCCCCCUCCCUGGAUGUGAUCCUGAAUAACCCAAUCACGCUGCCCUGCAAGGCCGAGGGCACCCCACGCCCUACCAUCAGCUGGCAGAAAGAGGGCAUCAACAUCCUCACUACAGGAGGUGGCUUCUCGGUUUUGCCCAGUGGUGGGCUUCAGAUCUCUCGUGCUCGGGCAGAGGACACAGGCACCUACAUGUGUGUGGCACAGAACCCUGCGGGCACCGCCCUGGGCAAGACCAAACUCAAAGUACAAGUGCCCCCUGUGAUCAGCUCGGACAGCAAAAGCUACACAGUCGCCAUGGACACGGCGGUGACCCUCCAGUGCCAGGUGGACGGGCACCCGACCCCCUCCGUCAGCUGGCGGCGUGACGGGCAGCCGGUGGAGGAGUCGGUGCGCGUGAGAGUCCUCAGCUCUGGCGCCCUGCACAUCGCCUUCGCCCAGCCGGGAGACACGGGCAAAUACACCUGCAGCGCUGCCAACGUGGCGGGCACUGCCAGCCUCGACAUGAGCCUCACCGUCCAGAUCCCUCCGUCCAUCCGUGCGGAGGAGCGUGAGCGGUGGGUGGUGGAGCACACGUCGGUGCAGCUGGCGUGCGUGGCGGAGGGUGUGCCCCAGCCCAGCCUGCUGUGGGAGAAGGACGGAGCUGCCCUGAGCGACAGCUCUGCAGAGUACACCAUCCUGCCCUCGGGGGAGCUGCUCAUCGACUCCGCUCAGCCUGAGGAUUCUGGGAGCUACACUUGCAUCGCCACCAACUCUGUGGGCCAGGACGUUCAAACGGUCACCCUGUCGGUCCACACGCACCCGGAGUUCACUGAACUACUGGGAGACGUCUCACUCAACAAAGGAGAGCGCCUCCUGCUGGCCUGUGGGGCCUCCGGCAUCCCCGCGCCCAAAAUCACCUGGACCUUCAACAACAACAUCAUCCCAGCGCAAUUUGACCAUGUGAACGGGCACAGUGAACUGGUGAUUGAGCGGGUGAGCAAGGACGACUCUGGCACUUACUCCUGUGUGGCUGAGAAUGCUGUGGGCUCCAUCAAAUCUCUGGGCUUCGUCUAUGUCAAAGAGCCUCCCAUCAUAGAUGGAGACACCCACUCCAACCGCAUCGAGCCGCUGGGUGGGAACGCCAUCCUGAACUGUGAGGUGCGGGGUGACCCCCUGCCCACCAUCCAGUGGAGCAAGAAGGGCGUCAACAUCCCCAUCAGCAACCGCAUCCGCCAGCUGCACAACGGCUCGCUCGCCAUCUACGGCACCGUGAGUGAGGACGCGGGCAGCUACACGUGUGUGGCCACUAAUGAUGCGGGAGUGGUGGAGAGGAGUGUGACGCUCACUCUGCAGAGUGCUCCCUCCAUCACCUUAGAGCCGGUGGAGACGGUGGUGGAUGCCGGCAGCACGGUGGUCCUUAACUGCCAGGCGUCCGGCGAGCCCACGCCGGUCAUCCAGUGGUCCCGCCUCGGCCGCCCCUGCCUGGCCAAUCCGGCCGGCUGCUCCUGUGGCUCAUUCCCCAGGGGUUGUUCCACGGUUCGGCUUCUCUGA